GCAUGCUGGGUCCCAGUGGCUGGCUUUUGAAGGCGAGGAUGGCGGGAACUCGUCCCUGGGCUGCGUGAGCCCGAGGAGAGGAGGUUCUUGCUGCCGGCGCCUGGACCGCUUCCCGGGAAGGCUGGUGGAUUUGGAAACCUGAGCGGAUGGAACUGGCGGACACUUCCAGUCCGGAGGUUGGGUCCGGGGCAGGUGUGCUCGCUCACUUGGAAAGACUAGAGGCUGAAUCCCGUAAAAAAUUCGAAGAGCCACAGGGAGCGGAGAGCGCUCUUGGAAACAAGAUUCGUAACCUGAGGAGUCUGCGAGAUAAACUGAGGGCGGAAGUGAACCGACGUCAGGCCGGAGUAGAAGCCAGUGUAGAACCUGACCAAACAUUUGAGGUCAGUGAGCAAGAAGUUUUGGAAAAAAAACGAGAAAAUGUGAAAUCCAUUCUGCAAGCAUAUCGUUUUACAGGGCUCAGUGGGAAACGGACCAGCCGAGGAGUCUGUGUUUCCAUCAGCACUGCUUUUGAGGGGAACCUGCUGGAUUCCUAUUUUGUGGAUCUUGUCAUACAGAAACCACUUCGGAUACAUCACCAUUCGAUUCCAGUCUUCAUUCCCCUAGAGGAGAUAGCUGCAAAAUACCUACAGAGUAAUAUUCAGCACUUCCUGUUCAGUCUCUGCGAAUACCUAAAUGCUUACUCUGGAAGGAAGUAUCAAGCAGAUCGACUUCAGAGUGACUUUGCAGCCUUUCUGGCUGGGCCCUUGGAGAGAAACUCACUGUGCAACCUGCUAUCAUUUACUUACAAAGCAGAGCCGAGUGGCCAGUCCUUCCCAUUUUGUGCUAGACUGCUAUAUAAGGACAUCACAAGAACCCUUCCAACUGACGUCACUGUUACUUAUCAAGGAACGGAUGCAUUGUCCACCUCCUGGGAAGAACAGCGAGCUUCCCAUGAAAACCUGUUCUGUACAAAGCCCCUUCAUCAAGUGUUUGCUUCAUUUGCAAGAAGAGAAGAAAAGCUGGAUAUGAACCUGCUCUACUAGAAUAUUCUUUGCAUUGAGAACACAUCAAAAGAAAUGGCGUGCCACAUGGUCGGGCAACAUGUUGGUGACCAGGGCCUCAUUCCAGCGUCGCAUCUCGUAGACACGUUCCUUCUGGUCA